AUGAAGACUGCCAGUGAUAUGGUUGACAACAUUUUGUUCUUAGAUGGUUCUUUUAAAAAUUUUAAUAUGGGUUUGGGUAUUAUUUGGUGUGAUAAUGCAGGUAAAAUUAAGGGUUCGCGUGCUAACUUUGGGCUGAUUUCAGAUGCACUGGGAGCUGAGGUAUCUGCUCUCCUUUUAGCUGUCAACUGGGUGCAGGAAAUGAAUUUGUCCAAAGCCCUUUUUGUUAGUGACUGUCUCCAAUUAGUAGACUUUGUCUAUGGAGACUGUGUUGAUCCACCCACCACAAAAGAAGAAGCAAUCCUUCAAGCCAAAACAUGUCUUUCAAUAACUUUAGAAAAACCUCUCAACAAUCCAAGACUUUCAGCUGGAAAGCUCAAGAAACAAAAACAACCCAAACUCCGAGUCGAAAUCCCCGUUUCAAACGACUCCAACGAGUCACUUACUCAACUCGCUUUUGACAUCUUUCAAGACUUGCCUGUUAGAAGAAAAGAUUCACCUAUCAAUCUAUUACUCCUUUGGCCAAACGCCACUUUAACAGAUUUGGCUGCUACAACCUUUUUUAAGCCCCAAUCGUCAAAUCAAACAAUUCAAAACUUAGACAUUUCUUCGGUUUGUAAUACCGAUUCGUAUAACAAAGUUUUGAAUUCAGCUGACGUGACAGUGUUUUUGGUGCCAGAUAAAACAGAAUUAGAACUUAUAAAGAGAAUUAGUGACGGUGUUUAUCCAAAACCUGUGGUGGUUUUUAAUCCAAAAUGGGGGUUUGAAGAAGAAAGUGGUUUUGGUGAGUUAAGUGGCUUUGUGGGUUCGUUUGAAGUAGUUUAUUCAUUUAUGGGUGUAGAAGUAAGAGGACUAUUGAGUAAGAAAAAAGCUGUGGUUUUUCGGAAUGCAAAAGAUGGGGUUUUGAGUGGUGAUAAAUGGCUUGUUUUAGUUGAAGAAGAAGAAGAAGAAGGGAAGUUGAAAGUUGUUACCAAGUACAAGAAAAGACCCACAAUUGGUGAAAUUGAAAAUGUGUUGUACAAUUUGAUGGCUGUUAAUUCGCCCGUUACGAAAUCAGUGAAGUUUUUCAGAGAUUUGGUUUCAAAUGCAAGAGGGAAAAAGUGA